GGCAAGGACUUCUGGUCUGAAGCAGAGGGUGAAGAGCUGCUCUGUCUUUGAAUCCAUCAUGGAACAGAUCAAUGGAUCUGUCCAGAUGGAGAGUGCGCUGCUCUACACCUUCUUGGACGUAUCCUCUGACUGUCAGUUCAGAGAGCAACUGCAGUCCCUGCAAAGCCAGGGGCUUGUGUCUUCCCUGAAAGGCACCUACUGCUACGAGGAUGAGCUGGAACUUCAGACGGAUGGCAAUCGGAGCGGCCACUUGCAGAACGGCGAGCCAGUGUUUGACCACGAGGUAAAUGAAGAAGUUAUCCGGAACAUCGCUGCGCAGCUCGCUGAGGUUGGAGACCAGUUCGAUAAGGAAAUCAGAGCGAGAGAAGUGAACGAUCUCGUGCAGCACUUUCUGAACGAGAACCUUUCUAGCGAGGAGAUGACCCGGCGCAUGUCAAAGGCGGUGGAAGCGCUUGCACGAGCCAUCCCCUCAGACAUGGAGCAGGAGAAGGCCAUGUUGGUGCUAGCAAUGGUCUUGACUAAAAGAAUUGCGAAUACAAUGCCUUCCCUUCUCCAGCGUGUCUUCAGCACCACCGUGAACUACAUCAGCCAGCAGCUCCACAACUACAUCAUCAGAAUGCUGCGGGAGUGA